CUCGGCUACUGCGGCCUUAAGAGAUCAAUCACUUACUUCAAUUGCUUAUCGUAUAGUCUCCAUCACUCUGGAUGGAAGACAUUGAACAGACUUGCGCAUCGCUGCGCGCGCAGAUCGCCGCUACAGAGGCACAGCUUGCGGGGCUCAAACGCGAGCUCCAGAUUGCGGAGCGAGCGGCUUUUGACUCGCAGAGUCAGGAAACGAGGAGCGGCAGCGGCAGCAGCAAGGAUGACAUGAAGGAGAAAGUUAGGCAAUGGCCGCUCCUAGCGGAGGAGUAUCGGCGGUAUGGGCGGCAGAUGAUCGUACCGCAGCUGGGCCUACGAGGUCAACUAAAACUCCGAUCGGCGAAAGUCCUGAUUGUUGGCGCGGGUGGAUUGGGAUGUCCGGCUGCGGUGUACCUUGCUGGAGCGGGCGUUGGUACUCUGGGUUUGGUGGACGGGGAUACCGUUGAGUCGUCGAAUCUGCACCGCCAGGUUCUGCAUCGUAGUCGCAAUGUGGGGAAGUUGAAGGUGGACAGUGCGAUUGGGUAUUUGCGGGAGUUGAAUCCUCAUCCCACGUACAUCGCUCAUCGAGAGCACCUCGCCCCCGACGCUGCAGCGGAUGUCUUCAAGGACUAUGACUUGGUACUGGACUGUACGGACAACCCGGCGACUCGAUACCUAAUCUCGGAUACGGCCGUGCUGCUGGGGAAGCCGCUGGUCUCAGCAUCCGCCCUGAGAACGGAAGGACAAUUGAUGGUAUUGAACAACCCGCCCCGACCUGUUGGCGACAAGACUGGCGGACCGUGCUACCGAUGCGUGUUUCCUAGACCCCCGCCGGCGAAUACGGUCACCAGCUGCGCGGAUGGGGGUAUCUUGGGACCGGUGGUCGGAACAAUGGGCGUCCUACAAGCUUUGGAAGCUAUUAAGGUCAUUACCGCCGAUGAGACCCAGGCUCCUGUUCCUCCUUCGUUGCAUAUUCUCUCGGCAUACUCUACGCCUCUAUUCCGAUCCAUCAAGCUGCGCUCCCGCAGGGCCAAUUGUGCGGUAUGCUCUGCAGAGGCUACUGUGAACUUGGACACGGUGCGCUCGGGCUCCACGGAUUAUGUCUUCUUCUGCGGAAGUGCCGAUCCGGAGAUGCUGCUCAGGCCGGAAGAACGCGUUACACCGCUGGAAUAUCGGGAGCUGCACCCUCCGACAGGAGGUACGAAGGAAGGCAAGCAGCCGACGAUGAUUGACGUGCGGGAGAAGGUGCAAUUUGACAUUUGCAACCUGGAGAACAGUAUCAAUAUCCCGAUUUCCACGAUCCUGGCAUCAUCGAAUGGCUCAGGCGACGCCAAGCUUCCACCAUGGGUACCGGCGGAGUUGGCCACCGGCGAAUCGACGGACCCAAUCUACGUGGUGUGUCGGAUGGGAAAUGAUUCGCAGAUUGUGGUGAAGAAACUGAAGGAAUUGGGUUUGGAUCGUGAGGGGCAACGGAAGGUUGUCGAUAUUCAGGGCGGCUUUCGCUCGUGGAGAGAACAGAUUGAUCCUGAAUGGCCCAAUUAUUAGACAGUUCUCAUUAAAAGAUACCGGAAUGCAUUUGGUCGAAAGCAGCGUUUGAUUGUGAGCUGUGAUUUGGGCUUACUCGGGAUCAUUCGAUUGCGCCAGGGCAGAACAAGACCCCCAUAGAUUGGACUAAGCGGAUUACCAACGCUCAACAUGAUUAUAAUAUGACUUUUCACCUCGAAACUGGCGGAUCAUCGAUUGUGAUCUUUUGGUAUGAUCGUUAGCCAUCUGCGCAUGUAGGGUGGCUUACGGAGUUAUGGCGGGCUUG